AGAACUAGGAGAAGCGGUGAAACUAGGUCCAAGGCGGGGAGCGUCUCGGUUAGAAUGAGGGAAAUAAAGAGGAUAUCCUUUGGGGGAUGAUGGGUGAGGACCUACCGCAUGAGAAGUGUGGCGACGGCCGAAGACACUGAGGGACUGGCGGGUUCAGGCUCAGGGCAGCUUGGACGAUACCAUCUGCGGAAGGGCGUUGGGGCGAUACCAUCUUAAGGGUGCGAAGGGGGUGGCAAAGAACAGACUUGGAAGGUGCUACUUUGGAGGAGGCAGGGCGCACGUGGGAACCCGAAGGGACUGGACAGCCGCCCACAUCCCCAUUUCCUUCCCCAGCCGUCCCGAUCCUGCCAUGAGCGCUCUGGUGCGGACCGAGCCGCUGCCCGGGGAGCCGCCUCUGCUAGUGAGCGGCGACCCUUACUCCGUGGUGGUCCUGCUGCAGGGCUACGCGGAGCCCGAGGGGGUCGACGAUGCGGUACGCGCCGACGGCUCCGUGACGCUUGUGCUGCCUCAGGCCUGGAGCUCAGCCUCCGGCACCCGAGAGUCCCCGCCCGAGGGCGGCGGGGCGAAGACCGUCCUGGAGGAGGUGGCCCGUGGCCCCAUCCUCGUGGACACUGGGGGCCCCUGGGCUCGGGAGGCGCUCCUGGGGGCCCUGGCGGCGCAGGGCGUGGCCCCCGGAGACGUGACUCUGGUGGUGGGCACCCACGGACACUCGGAUCACAUCGGGAACCUGGGGCUUUUUCCCGGGGCGGCUUUGCUGGUCUCGCACGACUUCUGCCUCCCCGGGGGCCGCUACCUCCCCCACGGGCUAGGUGAGGAGCGGCCCCUGCAGCUGGGCCCGGGGCUCGAGGUGUGGGCCACGCCGGGCCAUGGGGGCCAGCGGGACGUGAGCGUGGUGGUGGCGGGCACGGCCCUGGGCACCGUGGUGGUGGUGGGCGAUGUGUUUGAACGCAACGGAGACGAAGACUCAUGGCAAGCGCUGAGCGAAGACCCGGUGGCCCAGGAGAGGAGCCGGAAGAGGGUCCUAGCCACUGCGGACGUGGUCGUGCCUGGUCACGGAGCCCCCUUUAGGGUGGUCAGGGAAGCCCCUCAGCCAGGGAACUGACGUCCAGAAGACCAGAGGAACCCCCCUGUCAGCCGAGUCAGAGGAGUCAGGGGUGAUCGCUUCCAGCCCUUGCAAGAGGCUGGUUUUCCAGCGAGGACAGUCAUCUCUAUCACUGGUUCUGCAACCAGACUAGGUAGGACCAAGGACUGGCUCAGCCGUGUGCCACCUCUUGGGGCCCCCGUAGAAUGGGAGAAUGUUCUUGGGAGGGUCGUCCAAAAUAAAAAUAGG